AUGAAUACGAAAAAAAAAUGGAAUGUAGAUGACACGUGCAAGCUUAUAGAGCUGUACCGGGAAUCACCCAUAUUGUGGGAUGCAACUAAUUUGAACUACAAAAAUAAAUUCAAGAAAGCAGACGCAUUAAAAGAAAUUGGUAUGCAACUAAGUACAGAUGCCAAUGAAAUUGAUCGGAAAUUGAAAAAUGUGUAUUCACAAUACUCCAGGGAGAGACGUGCAUAUAAGGCCAUGAAAAAAUCUGGAGCGGGAAGAGAUUUCCGUGCAAAGUGGUUCGGGUACGACUUGAUGAGUUUUCUUCAAGACAAGAAUAAACCAAGGAAAUCUCGAGAAGCUGGUUUAACUGAAGGAAGUCAGGUAAAAAUAAUGUUCUUUUCAACUAUAAGUUAUAAUAUCUUUGGUGUAUGCCAUAUGGUAUGA